CUGUAGGCCAUCAUAUUGGAAAUCUUUCGUUCACCAAACACAGCUGCUUGUGUCAAAUUCUCCAACUUUAAGGAAUUUAGGAAAUAAUAACGCAGAGACCCUUAUGAGUUUGUCGCAAAAUAUCCAUGCGGUUAUUUCUCAUGAGUUCAAAAUAAAAUCGAAGGUGAGGACUAAAGAAGUCAUAUGUGCUGGUUCGCCCAUGUCUUUUGCUGCGCAGUCUUAUGGGGAUAGUUGGUCUUCACUCUGGCUUCCUAUUGAUCUUAUUCUGGAAGAUGCUUUGGAUGGAGGACAAGUGGUAGCAUCUAGUGCUAUUGAGAUUAUUACAGGUUUGGUGAAGACUUUACACGUAGUUAAUGGCACUAUGUGGCACAGAACAUUUUUGGGGCUAUGGGUUGCAGCACUGCGUUUGGUUCAAAGGGUUGGAACUGUUCCAACAAAAAGGGAGAGAGAUUCUAAAGAAGGUCCUAUACCUCGUCUUGAUACCUGCAUGUGUAUGCUACUGAGCAUUACAACCCUCGUGGUAACUUAUAUUAUUGAAGAAGAGGAAGGUCAAUUGAUUGAAGAAGCUGAACAUAGCCCUACAACAAGCAAAGGAACAGAAAAACCAGCUCUGGGAAAGUGUCGUGGGGAACUAAUUACCAGUUUACAGCUAUUGGGUGAUUAUGAGUCCUUACUCACUCCACCUCAGCCUGUUCUUGUGGAAGCCAAUCAAGCUGCUGCCAAAGCUAUUUUGUUCUUAUCAGGAAAUCCUGUUGGUAGUGGAUACAUGGAAUAUACAAAUGGCUUGCCGAUAAAAUAUUCUGGCAACUUACGGCAUCUAAUUGUUGAGGCAUGUAUUGCCAAGAACCUACUUGAUGCAUCAGCUUAUCUAUGGCCUGGCUAUGUGAGCGCAUGCAGCAAUCAAAUUCCUUGUAGCAUUUCUAAUCAUGUCCCUGGCUGGUCUGCUUUGAUGGAGGGGUCACAGCUAACUCCUGAAUUGGUUAAUGUCUUAGUUGCAACUCCAGCUUCCAGGUAAGCUGCAUCAUUCAUAGUU